AUGGCCGCCGCCAGCCAUCCCUGUUCCCGGCUUCCUUCGCGUCACCCCCGGCCCACUGGCGUCCGGCUGCUGCACGUUGCUCUAUGGCUUCUCUUCUGGGCCCUCGUGGCUGUAGACGCCGUCCCGGAGCCCGGACUUUGGGUUGCGACGGUCAACGAAAAGUCUGGACCAUUGAUAUUUAGGAAAACUAUGUUUAACUCUACUGAUAUCAAGUUUUCUGUCAAGUCAUUCAGUUGCUCUGGGCCUGUGAAGUUUACCAUACAGUGGCAUUUGAAGCACCAUAUUUGUCGCAAUGAAUUUCAUGAGCUGGAAGAGCUGGUAAAAAACCAUGAACUCCAUGCUGAUGAAGACUUCUGUGAUCAUUAUUUCAAGAAUAUUGACUGUUGGACAACAAAAUCUGAAAACUUAGAUUGCAACAGUGAUAUACAGUUGUUUCCUUCAUUAACUAAUAAAGAACUAAUGUCAAAUAACAGAAAUGUUUCAAACCAAGAAGGAUCAACAGAGCAAGAUCCCACCAACAUCAAGUGGGAUGAUGCUGGUGCUGAGUAUGUUAUGGAGUUUUCUGGUGUCUUCACACCCUUGGGGAAGCUUGGGGCUCAUUUGAAGGGUGGUGUCAAAUGGGUUGGGAUUCCACUGGACAUUUCCCUUUCUAUGAUGGGGCCUCAUGGAUAUAUUUCUGCUUCAGAUUGGCCUCUACUGAUUUUUUACAUGGUGAUGUGUAUUGUUUAUAUAUUAUAUGGUGUACUCUGGCUAAUGUGGUCUGCGUGUUAUUGGAAAGAUAUAUUAAGAAUCCAGUUCUGGAUUGCAGCUGUUAUUUUCCUGGGAAUGAUUGAGAAAGCAGUAUUUUAUUCUGAAUACCAAAACAUCAAUAGCACUGGACUGUCAACUCAAAGCUUACUGAUAUUUGCUGAAUUGAUUUCUGCAAUUAAGAGGACAUUGGCUCGUCUCCUUGUCAUCAUUGUGAGCUUGGGUUACGGCAUUGUGAAGCCUCGUUUAGGAACUGUCAUGCAUCGGGUGAUUGGACUGGGCAUUCUCUACUUUCUCUUUGCAGCUGUUGAGGGCGUGAUGAGAGUCAUUGGGGGCUCCACUCAUUUAGCUGUUGUUUUGGGUGACAUUAUUUUAGCAGUCAUUGACUCCAUUUUUGUGUGGUUCAUUUUCAUAAGUUUGGCACAAACUGUGAAGACUCUAAGAUUAAGAAAGAACACGGUGAAAUUCUCUCUGUACAGGCACUUUACAAAUACUCUGAUCUUUGCUGUAUUGGCUUCUGUAGUGUUUAUGAUAUGGACGACUAAGACAUUUAGAAUUGCAAAAUGUCAAUCAGAUUGGAUGGAACGCUGGGUUGAUGAUGCAUUUUGGAGCUUCCUUUUUUCACUUAUCCUUAUUGUAAUAAUGUUUCUGUGGAGACCAUCAGCAAAUAAUCAGAGAUAUGCCUUCAUGCCUCUCAUAGAUGAUUCUGAUGAUGAAGUUGAAGAAUUCAUGGUGACUUCUGAAAAUUUAACUGAAGGAAUAAAAUUAAGAGCUUCUAAAACAGUUUCCAAUGGAACAGCAAAACCUGCCACUUCUGAUAAUUUUGAUGAAGAUUUGAAGUGGGUGGAAGAAAAUAUCCCCUCUACCUUCACAGAUGUGUAAAUACCCUCUAUUCAAAUAUGA